AUGACCUCGGCCAUCAAGUACGAAGGAGUGCAUCGUGAGGCUGUGCUGCUGAUUGCAUCCUCUUGGUCCUUUGAUGGCGGCACGCACUGUAGACCUCCCGUCGUCUUAGACAAGCUCAACAUCAGCCGCCACGUAGACAGAGCUCGUGUCAAAGCAGGCAGCCAUCGACAGGCACACGCACAAGCCCCCCACCUCAAACCUCGAAAGAGCAAGGGGAAAGAAAAAGCUCUCGAUACCGAACCGAAGCACCCAUGUGAGAGUUCCAAUCUCAGCCAAGGGGGUCCCAUGAGUUGCUCCUCUAGCCUCAAUGCCAAGCUUGAUAGCUCGAUGCCGCUUGAUCGCGUCGAUGCUAUCUACUAUCAGUGGAAACGCCUCAUCAGCGGGCCGAAGAGAGAAAACAGGGUCCUCUGGGUACACGUAUCAUCCACUCUGGAACCUUGA